CCUUGUGGUUUUUUUCCCUGUCCUUUUUUCUUUUCCCUGUGGAAAAGGGUACAAAUGGAUAAUUUGUUUUGAUAUAUUAAAAAAAAGAGGGGAAAAAAGGUACUGCUUUACUACUCACUCGUGGAAAUCUGGCAGCCUCCCCUCGCUGAGGCUCAAACUCCAUUUACAGCGUAAGGUUCUUCAGACUUUUUCCAGCUCCUAAUCUGGCUCCAUUCCUCAAGGCUUGGCAAAUUUUUGGCCAAAUGUAAGAUUAAAUUGCCUGGGGAAUGGUAAAAUGUAGGAGAGAUCAAGAAACAAAACCAUUGUCUUUAAUAGCACAGCUCCCGUCCUUUCUUGCAGAAAAUCUGUAUUUUUGUCACUAAAAGAAAAAGAAAGGAAGAAAACGUGGCUGUAGAUCUGAUCACCUUCUGCUGAAUUUGAUCUGGGAGAAGGCUCUUUCUUGGAGCACGACUUGUGUGACACCCAGAUUUGGGCUGUGCUCACCCAAGGGGAAGAGAAAGCUCUUUAAUAAUGAUAGGGAAGGAACCUCUACCUGUGCAGCUUUUAAGCUGUAGCUGUACUAGAUGCCUGUGAAGGUGCUGUGCGUGGGGCUGAGAUGGAGCCUGCUGAGGGUUCAGCAAAGACAAAUCUCCAUCUCGGCCACGGCUUGUCAUUGCAGGGUCCACGUGAAUGCGGGGUGAAUUGCUCAGAGUACUUCCCGAUCUUCAUCUCGCUCCUCUGGGUUGCUGGAAUCUUCCUCCACCAAGGUGUGGCUGCUGCGUGUGGGCUGCUGUACCUCUACACCCGCUUCAAGUACUUCCAGGGAUACAUCGUGGCUGCGCAGGGACGGUUGGGGCCGCUGUACGCCAGCGCCUGGCUACUCUGGCUGCUGCUGGGGCUGGCGGCGGUCGGGCUCCUGGCACAUUUCCUGCUGUCCCCCUCCUCUGCAUGGAUGGCAGCGCUGGCGCGGCCCCUCCAGCCGCUCGGCGCCUGGUGAGAGGGGCCGCGGCUCUCCCAAAACCCACUGUUCGCCCUCGGCAGAGGGGAGGGAGUCGCGUGGCACGGUCGGAGACUGACUAUCUCUCCCCAGCUCUGUGCUUACCUUCGAAGCGAGGUGGAUGCUGGCACUCCUCUGCUCGUGAAGCUCCAGUCUUCAGAGAUAAUUUUCCUUCUGGAAAGCAAACACUGCCCAGCCUCUGCCCCUGCUUCACUGCCAGGCUUUGUAGCACUCUCUGCUCUAAAACCUCUACUGCCUUUGGCUUUGCUUCACAGAGCACGGAUUGACCCAAAUGCUGUCAUCACUCCUCCUUACUGCUGUAAUGAUCUAUGUUGAAGGAUCACAACAUGGAUAUACAAAAAAUAAAUUCCUUUUCUCAGUAGAAAUCA